AUGGAAAAUAAUGAAAAUUGUAAUCAUUAUACUGGAUUUCCGUCAAUUAACAUUUUAAAAGCUGUUUUAGAAUUUUUAGAUCCUGGGGAAAAUGGAAGAAACAUAAUUUUAUACAACAACAAAAAAAAAACAACAAGUUCAUCCACCGGACGACCAAGAGCAUUAAACCCACUUGAUGCAUUUAUUUUAACAUUGACUCGUUUACGCAGGAAUUUCGAUCUUCACCAUUUAUCUUUUUUAUACUAUAUUUCAGAAGGAACAGUUUCAAAUACUCUAAAUACAUGGAUAAAUUUUAUGUAUAUAAGACUCGGAUCAAUCUGCAUAUGGCCUAGUAUGGAGCAAGUUAGGAAGACCAUGCCGCAAUCAAUAAAGGAAAAGUUCCCAACUGUAAAAUGCAUUAUUGAUUGUGUAGAGUUUAAAGUUGAAACACCAUCUGAAUUAUUUAUGCACAAAGUUAUGUAUUCAGAUUAUAAAAGUCACACAACAGUUAAAGUUUUGGUAGGAAUCGCACCUGGGGGAGGAUUCACAUUCAUUUCAAAUGCCUACCCAGGGAGUAUUUCUGACAAAGAAAUUGUUAUUAAAAGUGGAUUUUUAAGUCAAGCAUUAUGGAAUCCAGGUGAAAGUGUAAUGAGUGACCGUGGCUUUACAAUAGCAGAAUACCUCAGACCACUUGAAGUUAAUCUUGUUUUACCAUCAUUUUUAAAGGGUAGAGAACAAUUUACUAUUGAGGAAACAGUUUUAAGUCAACAAAUUGCAAAUGAAAGAAUCCAUGUGGAGAGAAUGAUACAGAGGUUAAAGUGUUACCAUAUAUUUGAUUAUGUUAUCCCAAUGAAUAUGAUGGGUUCUUUAAAUCAAAUUAUUUCAGUAGCUGCUUUAUUGUCAAAUUUCCAAGAUCCAAUUAUAAAGAUUUAA